CAAAGUUUGAGCGUCCGCCAAGCGCGCCGGAAUCCUUCGAUCAAGGACACUUCCGCCUCCUUGCCAGACUGAUGUGGGAUGGAGAAAGGAUAGCUUCCAUGUCUCGUUUCUUCUUUGCAGAGCGAUACAACAAGUCAGGAGACAUCAUACACUUAUACAGACUGCCAGACACAAUCACCAAAGACCUGCUCAGUUGGGACACAACUUUCCAUAAAGACUCUCCAAGCGCAUGUCAGAAGUAAACGUUUGUAAAGGACACCGACGAACCCACACUACACAGAUAAGUCAACAAAGUGUCUUCAUUGAGAGGCUACAGACCAAACAAAAUGGAGACAUGAGGACUGACUCCCCCAGAACAUAUUCUCCCUGAGCAGCACAAGUGGACCUCAAGGAUGGAGAAGGAUAAGCCCCAGUUCCCCUAUAUCAAAGAGGAAGAGGCGGAGCACCGACAACUAAAAGUGGAAGAGGAGGAGGCAUAUUACCCCCACAUUAAAGGGAAAGAGAAGGAGGAUGAGCAAAAGCAACCCUACAUUAAAGAGGAGGAGCCACAUCUCUCUUACAUUAAGGAAGAAAAUGAGUUCCAUUCCCCCCUCACAUUACAGACGAAGAGCUUUGUUCAUAUUAAAGAGGAAGAGGAGGAACACAGCAUCAGUCACGAGGGAGAGCAUUUUGAAGGAAAGGAGGAGGUUGAUGUCACAAAGAUGCCAUUAACUGGUGUGAUUGUGAAGAUUAAAGAUGAGGUCAAAGGUGAGAAGAGCGAGGUGGAGCCUCCAAGCAGCAGCUCAAGUCAACACAUGACAACAGAAGCUGAUGGAGACAACUGUGGGGGAUCACAGGCAGACAAGCUCUUAGCUCCACUAUCAGAUAGUGACGACACAACAGAACACUCUUCCGAUUUUGGUGAUGAAGACUCUAAAGCAGAUAAAAAAUUUCACACUGACAACACACACUUGACAUGUUCUCACUGUGACACAAAAUUCAAAAGCCCUAGUCAUCUGAAAAUACACAUGAGAAUACACACUGGUGAAAAACCUUUUUCCUGUUCAAUCUGCGGUAAAGAUUUUACUCGACGGUACCAAUUGAAAACACAUAUGAGAACACACACCGGAGAAAAACCUUUUUUCUGCUCAGAAUGUGGUAAAGCUUUUGCGCAUAACAGUGUGCUGAAAACACACAUGAGAAAACACACUGGAGAAAAACCUUUUUCCUGUUCAAUAUGUGGUAAAGAUUUUACUCGAAGAUACCAUUUGAAAUUACACAUGACAGCACACACUGGAGAAAAACCUUUCUACUGUUCUGAAUGUGGUAAAGGUUUUACACUUAAAAGUGUGCUGAAGGGACACAUAAGAAUACACACCGGAGAAAAACCUUUUCCUUGUUCAACCUGCGGUAAAGAUUUUACUGAAAGACACCAUUUGAAAAAACACAUGAGGAUACACACUGAAGAAAAACCUUUUUCCUGCUCAGAAUGCGGGCGAGAUUUUGAAAAAAAAAAUGCGCUAAAAGAACACAUGAAAAUACACACUGGAGAAAAACCUUUUUCUUGUCCGAUUUGUAGUAAACGUUUUAUACGAACUGGUGGUUUGCAAAUACACAUGAGAACACACUCUGGAGAAAAACCCUUUACCUGUUUAACCUGUCGUGAAGGUUUUGUACAAAGUCAAUCUUUGAUAGCGCACAUGAGGACACACUGGUGAAAAACCUAUCCCUGUAUAAAUUGCAGCAACAGCUUUUGUGAACAAAGAGACUCUGUGGUACACAUUUGCGAGAAGGUGCAGUGUGUGUGGUGAAAGAUUCUCUUCUAAGUACUAGUGUGAGAAACACAAGUGUGCUGGUGAGAACAGCAGCAGCAAAUGAAGCUGCACGUUUUGAAAUCAAGUCUUUAACAAUGACUUUCUAACAGUAGCAACCUUGUUAAUAUGCUUUUAACAUUUAUAGAUUACAUGGGUGUAACGAUUUUUUUCAACAACAAUUCGACUUUUUUUUUCCAGAAAGAUUUGAUCCUAUACAAUGAAGUGAGUUGAUAUCGAUCGUCACUUUUUAUCCAAACAAUUCAAGCUGUGUGAGUGUGAAAUAAAUUCUAGAUACUGAAAAGCGAAGGUGAAUUUUCCUAUAGCUGGGACUUAUGUAUAAAUGAAUAAUGGGUUUAAACAUUCAAACUAAUGGCCAAUUAAGGCAUUCACACCUUGUUUACAUAAAGUGCAAGCAUCACUUUAGCUUGAGUGUACAACAUUUUCAAACAAUUUCAAUAACAUUUCAGUGUACAACAUUUUACCAGUAGAUUUGCCUGCUAAAUGAAAUGUAUCAAGUUUGAAGAAAUGCAACCAAAACUUUAGAAAGGUCCCAAUAAAUCAGGACAUUCCCAAAAGCAAACAAUACUUUGAAGGGACUCAAGACUUGUCUUUAAAACUCCUACAAAAAUGGAGCAGAGCCAAAAUUAUGGACAAUAUUUAUUGAGGAAUGUUGUGAUGCACUAAAAUGUUACAGAAAAUUGCAAGUGCAGAGUAUUCCUGACAAGGAUGGCACAGGAUUGCUUAUGACAUUGUAAUAGAAGCUAAAGGAAAUGUUAACACAUCAAUACGUACCUUGGGUGUUUGUCCACGGUGUGAUGCACAAGGAUGCUGCAAAAAACAUCACAAAGAUAUCACACUUGUUUAGCAGUAAUUUAGAUUAUAAAGUGUGCAACACUGGGUUAGGGUUAGGGUAAAGGGAUAGGUUUGCACUGUCCAUCCUUGUGCAUUACAACAUUCAUUGCUUAUGCGUUUGCAAGUCGUGAGUCCCUUCAAAGUAGCGUUUGCUUUUGUGAAUGUCCUGAUUUAUUGGGACCUUCGAAGGUUCUGGUUGCAAUGUUUUUCCACUUGAUAUUUCCACUGCAUUCACUUGGUGCCUUUGCACUCGUAUGUUUUACCCACAAAGUCCUGGAAGAGCCCACAAAUGGCAGGACGCCAACCACUCGAUGGACUGGAAGCACGAGCCGGUAGGUUUGGGUUUUGGAGAUAGGUGUACACUGUCCAUCUACAGCCCACCAGGGUGACACCCAAACCACAUGCGAAGACCCCGAUCAAAGACGCCAAAUUGAUAGUGAAUGUAUGUCAAACACAUUUGUGAUUAUAUUUCACUGUUUGUGGGCACAAACCAGUCCAAACAAAAAUAAUAGAAAACUGCUUUAUCUGUGGAGGAUACAGUUAGUAUCACUUCCAUGCUGGUAGUUAAAAAGAUGGUAGACAUCCUGCUUGAGCAACCGCUUGCAAGUCCAGCCUGAGGAAGAUCAAUACGUUCUAACAGAGACUUGACAUUGCAUUUUGCCACAAUUUUUUGAACACCAGGCACAACUGCUUUGUAUGUAUAUAUAUACACAUACACACAUAUAUAAUAUAUAAUUUGUGUGUAUACAUAUAUAUAAUAUAUACAGUGGGGCAAAAAAGUAUUUAGUCAGCCACCGAUUGUGCCAGUUCUCCCACUUAAAAUAAUGACAGAGGUCUGUAAUUUUCAUCAUAGGUACACUUCAACUGUGAGAGACAGAAUGUGAAAAAAAUCCAGGAAUUCACAUUGUAGGAAUUUUUAAGAAUUUAUUCGUAAAUUAUGGUGGAAAAUAAGUAUUUGGUCAACCAUUCAAAGCUCUUACUGAUGGAAGGAGGUUUUGGCUCAAAAUCUCACGAUACAUGGCCCCAUUCAUUCUUUCCUUAACACCGAUCAAUCGUCCUGUCCUCUUAGCAGAAACACAGCCCCAAAGCAAGAUGUUUCCACCCACAUGCUUCACAGUAGGUAUGGUGUUCUUGGGAUGCAACUCAGUAUUCACCUUCCUCCAAACACGACGAGUUAAGUUUAUACCAAAAAGUUAUAAUUUGGUUUCAUCUGACCACAUGACAUUCUCCCAUGUGCUCUCUGGCAAACUUCAGACGGGCCUGGACUUGCACUGGCUUAAGCAGGGGGACACGUCUGGCACUGCAGAAUUUGACUCCCUGUCAGCGUAGUGUGUUACUGAUGGUAACCUUUGUUACUUUGGUACCAGCUCUGUGCAGGUCAUUCGCCAGGCCCCCUGUGUGGUUCUGGGAUUUUUGCUCACCGUUCUCAUGAUCAUUUUGACCCCACGGGAUGAGAUUUUGCAUGGAGCCCCAGAUCGAGGGAGAUUAUCAGUGGUCUUGUAUGUCUUCCAUUUUCUGAUAAUUACUCCCACAGUUGAUUUUUUCACACCAAGCUGCUUGCCUAUUGUAGAUUCACUCUUCCCAUUCUGGUGCAGGUCUACAAUUCUUUUCCUGGUAUCCUCCGACAGCUCUUUGGUCUUGGCCAUAGUGGAGUUUGGAGUCUGAGGCUGUGGACAGGUGUCUUUUAUACAGAUAACGAGUUCAAACAAGUGCCAUUAAUACAGGUAACGAGUGGAGGACAGAAGAGCUUCUUAAAGAAGAAGUUACAGGUCUGUGAGAGCCAGAGAUCUUCCUUGUUUGAAGUGACCAAAUGCUUAUUUUCCACCAUCCAUCCAUCCAUUUCCUACCGCUUAUUCCCUUUCGGGGUCGCGGGGGUCGCUGGCGCCUACCAUAAUUUACAAAUAGAUUCUUUAAAAUUCUUACAAUGUGAAUUCCUGGAAUUUUUUUUCACAUUCUGUCUCUCACAGUUGAAGUGUACCUAUUAGAGAUGUGCGGAGAGGCAAUUAUAUCAUCCGCAACCACAUCACUUAAAUCGUCAUCCACCCAAACCAAUAUUUUAUCAAAACCGCAACCGCCCGCCACUCGCCCGUUGUUAUAUAUCGGGGGUCGACAACCUUUACCACUUAAAGAGCUAUUUUCACCCGUUUCACAGAGUAAAGAAAACAAUGGGGGCCGCAACCAUUCUCGCGAAUAUAUGCUGGUGCUCAUCCAGAUAACGAGAAAAAUGGCAUGCCAUAAAGCCAUUGCCUUUGACGCCUUCUACAACAUGUACAAACUGCUUGCCAGUCCAGCAACAUGUUGUAUGCAGCUUCCACAGAUACACGUACAAGAUCGAAAGGCAUACUGGGUAUUACAGGGUACACUAAUGGUUGUGAUAUAAACAACUUUAACACUCUUACUAAUAUGCGCCACACUGUGAAGCCACACCAAACAAGAAUGACAAGCACAUUUCGGGAGAACAUCCUCACAGUAACACAACAUAAACGCAACACAACAAAUACCCAGAAUCCUUUGUAUCCAUGAGUAUUUCUGACAAUAUUUUACACCCCCACCCCGCCCACAUUACCAACGCACGGGGGGCGAUGUUUGGUGCUAGCGGGGUGUAUAAUAUAAUCAGGAAGAGUCAUGGAUGCAAAGGAUUCAUGGAUGAAGAGCGUUUCUUUUUUUUUUUUUUCUUCUUCUUUAUCUUCUCUCCUCAGCUAAUAAAAAUGAAUCCUGCUUAUCAUGCUAUA